AUUGCUGUGAUCCUUCUCCAGACCAUCCAAAUCAUGAAUGGCUUCAUGCACAUUGGCUUCGGGAUUGUCCUGACGACUAUCACCAACGUUUACACCUCUGUCUUUGUGAUGGGAGAGAUCCCGUUCCUGGGAGGCGUGUCUUUCAUCAUUUCCGGAUGCCUCUCUAUCGGAGCUGAGAAGAGCCCGACCGAGUGUGCGGAGGUGUGGUUUCUGGUGAGGGGAGAAGAAACUUUCCAGGGCAGGUGUGGAGUUCACAUGAAGAAUCUGAUGGUGAAAGGAAGCCAGACCAUGAAUGUCAUCAGUGCCAUCUUUGCAUUACUCGGGAUAGUGGCUUUUAUAAUAGACCUGAACAUAAAUGGACUGUACCACUCCAACUUUGACUACUACAACUACCUAGUGAUGGCGGGGAACGGGAUCUCCAUUGUGCUGCUGAUCUUCACCAUCCUGGAGUUCUGCAUCGCAGUGGCCACCGCACUCUUUUGGUGCCGGGCAACCCGUGUCAACUCCAAUGAGGCCAUGCUUAUUGUGCCCAACACCAUCAGGGCAGACCUCCUGGUGCCCACAGCAGAGUUGCCUCAUCCGCCAACGUACAACGAUGCGGUCUAUGAUCCGAAGGACCAGUCUGAAUAGGACCAAGUAGGACCAAGAAGGAACCUGAGGAGAAGCCGGCCCCAGAGCAGAAGCAGCUGCUCCUCCUUUUCCGAGGAGCAAAUUCUGGCCCCCUGCCUGCAUGACAGAUUUUCUUCCAUUACUGCCAAAGUUCGCCCCGCUCCUGGACUCUGUCUUGAGUUCCAAGGGAGCCGCUCUCCCCUUCUUCCAAGACAGGCUCAGCCCUGCGUGUUGCCCACAGAGGAGACUUUUAAAGCAUGUUCCCUGGUCUCCUCUACCUGGGACCAAGAGGUAACAUCUAACCCGCGCCCUGUAGGCUGCAUGGGGAAUUGGUCAAUGAGUCUGCGAAAGGGGCAGCCCAUCAGGCGUGCAUGAAGGCCCCUUGGGCAGAGCGGUCUGAGAGCAGACUAGCAGCCAGAGCAAAACACCGGGCAGGAGAAUCUCCAAGCAAACAUGACAGUCACCUGCGUAGCUAGCCAUGCUCUCCCAGGCCCCCGUUCAAUCCUGCAUCAGCACAGAACUCAGCACACGAACUGGGAGUGGCAGCUUGCACUCCUGACCCUCAUCCACUUGGAACAGCCUGGAGGGAUGCUCUAGCUUGCCCCUGACUGCCCCAGUCCCCGUGGUCCUUGUGGCUGCAUGGGGAAAUAUUCAGCAUGCCGGACUGCCUAGCCACACAGCCUGGAAAGCCCUGAUCCAGGGGUCUGCUGCACUGGGGAAACAGUCGGGGGUGUUGCUGCUUUGCACCUCUUCGGAAUAGCGUAGCCUGUGUACAAUGGCUGCAGAAUGACUAUGUCCCCUCUCUCCCCAUCACUGGAUUUUGCCCCAGGCAGGGACCCAGCCAGGCCCUCACAGCGGGUGGGUAAAGGACGCAGACUUAGCAACUGACAGCCGGGUAUGUGGUGCAAACUGAGGCCUAGUUCUGAGGAGGUACGGUCAGGUAACAAAAAUCCCACUAUGGUGGGCCUCAGCUCAUAUAACACACCUCCUCUAGGGGUUGGCAAAGGAGCCUCGGCCGUAACAAAAAUAUUCCCAUUUCCUGGUUCUUCCGCAGGCAGAAGAUUGGAGAGCCCUGUCUAGACUGAGGGACCAGGCAAAUAUGGCUGCCACAAGAAAGAGGCUAUUGGUUUAUAACCAGUCUCUCUCUCCUUAUGGUGCAGCCAGUCCCCAGACAGAUGGGCAAGCCUUUUUUCUCCUCUGAAGUGUGACUACAUUAUUUUUCUCUAAUUGCUUAUUGACUUCUUUUGAGAAGAGCCUUUUUGGCCAAAAGGUGGGUGGGAAAGUGGGAGAGUCUCCCAUUGGCCGGUAUAGACCUUGUAUCAGGUCCUUUAAGAGCGAUCAUGGGGAAUUUCUUCCAGAUAUAAAAAGCCUAUCUGGAAAUCAGGGAUCCUUAGCGUGAGGUGACCUUUAUAGAAGCCAUCCUUUGGCUAUGUCUACACUGCAAUAGAAGACCUACAGCACUGCCACAGCUGGCCUGGCUCAACUGACUAGGCUUGAGCCUCAGGGCAAUACAGCUGCAGUGUGGAUAUUCAUGCUGGAGCCUGGCCUUUGAGACCUUAUAAAGAGGGAGACUCUCGGAGCCCGGUCUCCAUUUCAGGUCUGAACGUCUACACUGCAGUUUCACAGCCCUCUGAGCCCAAGUCAGCUGUCCAAUGCUCUAAGGCUUUGUCUACAUUGCAGGGUUUUUGCACAAGAAGCUUU